AUGCCCCCUCGGACCAAACAAACCUGCAAGAAGUCGACUGGUGGUGAUGCGCCUCGUGUCACCCUCAACCUACCUGGUGCCGUUUCGACCGUUUCAAGGGUAGAAGUGGGGACUGUGAGGAUCGAGGAGGAGGAGAGAAUGGAUCAUAACAAUUUCUGUCUCGUCUGUCGUGAUGGAUCAGUGGACGAGCACUACUUGUAUAUGUGCGACUCCUGUCCACGCACUAUGUGCUCCCACUGCUUGCAGAUCACGCCAUGUCACCAGGACAUUAUUUCUGAAGUCGGCGUCAAAUUCAUGUGCAUUUCAUGCCAUGUCCUGGCGCAAUAUCAUGGCCGCCGCCACAAGAGUCCUUACUUCGGAUUUUACCGCGAUGGGAAGCCCGUUUUCGACACCUUCCUUCAGAUCUGCGGGGCGCUCGAGUUGUCUCACCAAGCACAGGUUUUGGCCGAAACUGUGCUGUUCAUCCAUCUCAACCUCAUCGACAACGACGCGACGAACUGGACCCAACAGCUGAUCAAGACGAACAGGAAGAGGAGGAACAUGGAUUACCUGAACUCAUUUUGGACGAUGAAGGCUAUGCCCAACUUCCUUCUUGCGAUGGUGUCAGACUCAAGAAUCAACAAGAACUCAAGUUUUCACAGGCAGUAUUCAGUUCCAGAUAAUCUUCUCAUCUGUGACCCCUCUCACAUGAGAUCAAAGGAUAUCAGUGUCAUCUGGAGCUAUUGGGAGAGUCGGAGCGCGGCAAACAAGAGGCUUGUCUCCUUUAUCAAGGCAAGACCAUCGGACAUGAGACGCAGUAAAAGGGACAAAGCAAGUUCUAGGAAGGUGAAACCAUAUGACGAAGUUACCUCUGAAGAAGAACAGCAUAGUCUGGCUGAACUGGGUGCUACUUUAGCUGUAGCAUCGCCAGCUAAGGUUUCACUUGACCGUCAUUUUGAAUUUUUAGAUGCUCUCAGCACUGAUAGCUCUUACCUGGAGCUCGUAGACGCAGUCAAGGAUCUGGCUAACAUGACGGAAAAAAUUCCGACACCACAAGAGGAGCUUGACUUACCUCCAUGGGUUGAUUGGCAUUGUGGAGAGUCUUACCUUCCUGAGGAUCUGCACGGGUCACAGGACAUGGUGAUGGUCAGCUUGGAGCUAUUGACAAAAGCCCCAAUCAGGUCUUCGGACUCAGCUGCCCUAGUGGUCUUGGGCCUAGGUUUGAUUUUGAGAGACUGCAAACGAGUCAUAGAGUAUGAAGAAGACGAGGCCCUACCUGGUACCCCCUCCUACUUGGCCAGUUCAAUCAUGGACCUCCAAUGUAUGAUUAAGGUGGACAGAGCAAUCAGUGAUGCUGCAAGCUCCAUUGUAGGCCUCAUUGAGUUGGCGAUGAAGGCUACAUCAGGUAACUUGUAUGACAGUAAUCAGGGGGAAAUGGGGGGAGUUGGUGGUGAGGACAAGGACCAGGACCAGGAAGAGGAUAAGGACGAGGAUGAGGAAGAGGAAGAGGAUAAGGACGAGGACGAGGAAGAGAAGGAGAAGGAUCAGGACCAGGAUGAUGAGCAGGAGGAGGUGACAGGAGAUUUGGAUGUGCAGAUGCAGGAGGUGGAGAAGGACGACGAGGGAGGCAAAUCCAAAGGGAAGAAAAGGGUGAGAAACCAGACUUCCUCAGUGAAGACUAAGAAGGCCAGGUUUGAAGAGGAACCAAUUCGUCGGUCCACCAGAUCUAGGCAACCCUCUAGGAAGAAUAUUCUUUAG